CAGACAGACCGAGAGAGAGAGACAGAGAGAGAGAGACAGAGAGAGAGAGAGUUGUAAGCAGCAACACAUUGGUGACAGCGUCCCGGGGGAGCCGCCGGAAGAAGCAGCAGCAGCAGCAGCAGCUUGAGCGCGAGCUCGGACGCAGACCGACAAAAACACCGGCAGCACGAGCGACACCGAGGGCGGUCAGCGGGGCGGAGAGGAGAGGAGUAGGAGGAAGAGGAGGAGGAGGAGGAGAACGAGGAGGAGGAGGAGGCACAUGCACCGCAACUCGUUCUCCCCCCGCCUGCCUCCAUCGUCUCUCCCUAUCUCACUUGGCUCUCCUCACCCCGCGCGUCGUUCCUCUCGGACCGCUGCCGUCGCCGCCGCCGCCGCCGCCGCCGCUUCCUCGUUAAGAUGGCUGACCCCAGCAGCGACGGAGAGGCACCGGAGAGUGCGCGCGGCUUCGCCCGUCAGGGAGCCCUCCGCCAGAAGAAUGUGCACGAGGUGAAGAACCACAAGUUCAUCGCGCGCUUCUUCAAGCAGCCAACCUUCUGCAGCCACUGCACGGACUUCAUCUGGGGCUUUGGGAAACAGGGAUUCCAGUGCCAAGUGUGCUGUUUUGUGGUCCAUAAGCGCUGUCAUGAAUUUGUCACCUUUUCAUGUCCGGGGGCCGACAAGGGACCUGCCUCCGAUGAUCCUCGUAGUAAACACAAGUUUAAGGUCCACACUUACUCCAGCCCGACCUUCUGUGACCACUGUGGCUCUCUCCUCUACGGGUUGAUUCACCAGGGAAUGAAAUGUGACCACUGUAUGAUGAACAUCCACAAGCGGUGUGUUGCCAACGUCCCAAGUCUGUGUGGGACAGAUCACACCGAGAGGAGAGGACGCAUCCAAAUCUCUGCCCAGAUCACAGAGGGCACGCUUACCGUCACCAUCAAAGAGGCUAAAAACCUGGUGCCCAUGGACCCCAACGGCUUGUCAGACCCUUACGUCAAGCUCAAGCUGGUCCCAGAUCCAAAGAGUGAGAGCAAGCAGAAGACCAAGACCAUCAAAUGUUGCCUCAACCCCACCUGGAAUGAAACCUUCACUUUUAGCCUAAAAGAAAGUGACAAGGAUCGCCGUCUUUCAGUGGAGAUCUGGGACUGGGAUUUGACCAGCAGGAACGACUUCAUGGGAUCUCUGUCCUUUGGGAUCUCCGAGCUACAGAAACAAGGCGUAGAUGGAUGGUUUAAGCUGCUGUCCCAGGAGGAGGGUGAAUACUUUAAUGUUCCUGUCCAGCCAGAUGGAGAGGAUGGUAACGAGGAGCUGCGACAAAGAUUUGAGAGGGCGAGAGUGGGUCCAGGGAAGCCCACAGACUCUUCUUCCUCUUCCUCGGUUUGCAAGUACGACAGCAAUGGCAAUCAGGACCGGGUCAAGCUCUCGGACUUCAACUUCGUCAUGGUUCUGGGCAAGGGGAGCUUUGGCAAGGUGAUGCUGGCUGAGAGGAAGGGCACAGACGAGUUGUACGCCAUCAAAAUCCUGAAGAAGGAUGUGGUGAUCCAGGACGACGACGUGGAGUGCACCAUGGUGGAGAAGAGAGUCCUCGCUCUGUCUGGGAAACCACCUUUCCUCACUCAGCUGCACUCCUGUUUCCAAACCAUGGACCGAUUGUACUUCGUCAUGGAGUAUAUAAACGGAGGAGACCUUAUGUAUCAGAUCCAACAGGUUGGCAAGUUCAAGGAGCCUCAUGCUGUGUUCUAUGCUGCAGAGAUCGCCAUCGGACUCUUCUUCCUUCACUCCAAAGGCAUCGUGUAUCGGGAUCUGAAGCUGGACAACGUGAUGCUGGACUCUGAAGGCCAUAUAAAGAUCGCAGACUUUGGCAUGUGCAAAGAAAACAUGUUAGAUGGAAUAACCACAAAGACUUUUUGCGGGACACCAGACUACAUCGCUCCAGAGAUCAUAGCGUAUCAGCCUUACGGGAAGUCUGUGGACUGGUGGGCCUUUGGAGUCCUGCUGUAUGAAAUGCUCGCUGGGCAGCCGCCUUUUGACGGGGAAGAUGAAGAUGAGCUGUUCCAGUCGAUCAUGGAGCAUCACGUCUCUUACCCUAAAUCCAUGUCCAAAGAAGCUGUUGCUAUCUGCAAGGGGCUCAUGACCAAACACCCAGGUAAGCGUCUGGGCUGUGGUCCAGAGGGGGAGAGAGACAUCAAGGAGCACGCCUUCUUCCGCUAUAUAGACUGGGAAAAGCUGGAGAAUAAAGAGGUCCAGCCGCCUUUCAAACCUAAAUCUUGUGGGCGUGAUGCGGAGAACUUUGAUCGCUUUUUCACGCGCCACCCCCCAGAGCUGACCCCCCCAGAUCAGGAGCUUAUAGCCAACCUGGACCAGGAAGAAUUCGAAGGCUUCUCAUUUGUUAACCCUGAGUACCCUCACACAACUCACUGACCAUGCCACAUAUCUCUGGGCUGCACUAGUAAUCCCCUACUCCUCGAAAAACGUACAUUAAAAAAACACAAAAAAAAUCAGUCACCAUGAUGUCAUAUCCAGGCUGCAUUCGAGUGAAGCAUUAAAGGAAUAGUUCAACAUUUUGAGAAACAUGAUUUUUUUUUUUUAGUUAGAUGUGAAGAUUGAUUGUCAGUUUCAUGUGUUUGUAUGAAGUACAUAGGUGGAGCCAGGAGGCGAUUAGCCUAGCUUAGCAUAAAGACUUGAAGUAGGGGGAAACGGCUAGCAUGGCUCUUUCCAAAGAUGAUAAAAAUAUGCCUACUUACACCUCUAAGGGUGAUCACUUAACAUGUAUCUAGUUUGUUUAAUAAUAAAUUAAAUAAUAAAUGCAGACUGCUGAAGUCAUCCGUAAACUACGUUUUGUUGGGAAAAACCCAGUUCAACUUGUUAAUCAACCCAUUUAGUUUUUCUGUUUUAGGUUUUAUGGAGCCUUCCUUAACUAGCCUAUCUAGAUCACCUUAUCACUGUGAUUUGAAUAUAACAAAGGAAACAAAUCGUCCUCAGCUGUACUGUAGUAAUAAGAAAAGGUUAGCACGCCAAAGUAAGAUGGUAAACAUGGUCAGCACCUACUAAACAUCAUGCUGAUGUUAGGAUUUAGCUCAGAGCACCACUGUGCCUACAUAUAUCCUCACAGAGCCGCUAACGUGGCUUUGACUGUAACACAACCAGUAGUAGUCAACCAGCAGUAAUCAUGCUGACAGACCGUGCACGUUGCUGGUUGAAGAUAAAAUGUCUAAAUUAGUACGGUAGCCAGGCUAGCUGUUUCCCCCCUGGUUCCAGUCUUUAUGCUAAGCUAAGCUAAUCGCCUCCAGGCUCCACCUCUGUACUUCAUGUACAGACAUCAGAGUGGUAUCAAUCCUCUCAUCUAACUCUCAGAAAGAAGUGUGUUUUCUCAACAUGCCAACCGAUUUCUUUAAAUAACAUUGAGAUGGAAAUGCAGACAGGUGCUCAAAUGCUAACGAUCAGGAGAAAUAAUCAGAUAUUCAUGUGUCAAGUUGCCAGUAGGAGACUAGUCAUGUUUCCAGUGGUGACACUGUUUUCACUUUGGUUUAUCACGUCAUGUUACACUGCUGCUCUCGUGUCAGCUCUACUGGCUGUAUUUUUAUCUUUAGUGCAGAUAUGUUGCUCCUGAUUGCCGCCCGGCCGCUCACACCAGCAGGUUCAUGUUGGGAGUCCGACCUCAGGCCUGACCUGAACCUGCUCUGUCUCUGUGUCACUCUCCCUGUAAUUGCAUAUUGACUAUGAUGACCUAUCAGUAAUAUUGAUGAGUGUACUAUGAUCACAUAUUGGUAAUAUUCAUACAGUGUAAGUGAAAACUGACCAAUUGCUUUGCUCUGAUUGUUUGAGUACUAAUCAGUUUCCUAAUGUCGACUUUACUUUUGUCUAUAGGACCAAAUACUUCUACACUUUCUGUUCAGUCAGUGUUGUGGUGAGCUUAUCUGAAACUUUUUUGCUGAUUUCAUUUUUAACCAGUCCGAGAAUAGACGUCUUUAUACAUGCAGUCUGCAAGAGCGCGAGUCUGCUGAAAACAUUCACCACAUUACACUGUGUUUUUAAUAACAGAGAACAUAUCUUCUUAGCUUCUAAACAACCAUUUUUUGGGGGAGGUUUUUACAUAUGACAGAGCCCUGUUGAGUUUUGUGAAGCUGGUAGUUUGUUAGCUUAUAAAAAGAGGACGUCCAAAAGUGCCAAACUAGGGUUCAGAAUCAUGAGGAUGUGUGUCCUCAAUAACUGUGACGAAGGGCAGCCAUCUUGUGCCAUUUUGCAGUACAUGUAUAAUUAUUAGAAUAUGCAUUAUAGCUUAUCUGUUCUUCAACAAUACAAUACCCUUGGAAAGUCAUUUUCAUGUACAAAAUGAAUUGUCUGAGAAGACGCGUGUUUCAUUGUGAGGCAGGUUGUAUUAUCUUUUUUGUAACUGUGUAACGAUGCAGGUUAGUGAAAAUGUGUCAAAUCUUGUUUUUUGAGCUCGUAUCAAAAAAGGGAGGUGGUGGCAUGGUGACAUCGCAGAUUUGUGUCUGUUAAUGCGAAGACGACGAUACUGCUAGGUGGAGAGAAAAAAAAGACAGAGGAAAAAAAAAAAAGGAACGCGAGCGUUUACUGUGAUGAUGGUAAUGGUAACGAAUCAAUAGUGACAUAACGAGAGAUAUGACAGAAUAUAUACGUAUAUAUUGAGUUCUAUAUCAGAGAGAUAUUUGGAUAAAUUGUUCUGGAUGAGAGAGAUGCUUCUGUGGAUUGUGUAAUUGUCCCGUAUGAUUGGAAACUGAUAAUAUACUCACUGGUGCCUACCAGACUCCCUC